AUGUCGCAGCAUCCCAUUUCGCAGGUGAGAAAAGAGCGGCAGAGACAGCUGAUGUACUCCUUCGGCAACGCCUGGCUGAGCUGCCUGGUCAAGUGCGAGUGUGCUUUCAUGAAAUCAGGCAUGGGACCAGCUGAAAUGUUGAAAUCUGGUCAGCUGAGAGACAGAGAGGAGAAAGUCAAGUUUGGCUGUAGGUCCCCAGAGGUCAGGGACCUGGCACUGAGAGGGCCUGCUGCCACCAGCAGCCUGGCCACCCAGCGAGGAACUGGAGGAGGCUGGGGCUUAGUGCUGCCAUCUCAGCAAAUGAAGAAGAAUGGCUAUACAGGACUGGUAAAAGAACAGAGAUACUGUUUGGAUGUGAAAUAUAAAGAGUUUAUCACAAGGAUGAUUAAUCAUUUCUCGGUUGUGGCAACGACCUGUUCCUUAAAGUAUUAUUUGGGAGAAAAUAGAAGCGCCUUUGGCUUUUCCGACCCGGCCAGGCUCGUUUGCGCUCCUGCGACUUCAGCCUGUCUCGAAGCACCGGGGCACCAGGAAGCGCGCACUGCAGACGCCGCGGGCUCGCUCUGCGACCGCUCGCGGAGUAACGGGCUGCCGCCGCCGCAGCUCGCCCGCCCCGCCAGGCCGCUCUCCAGCCCCAGGGGCGCCGAGUCGACGACGGCGGGACCCACAGGCUUGGAUCCACCGGUGACAGGCGGGACCCGCGCCCCGGAGGUCUGCGGAGACGAACCCUACGGCGCCCUGGAAACCCACUCAGCCCGCCCUCACCCUCUCACUCGCCCGCCCCGGCGCCAAAGGAGCCCGACGGCCGAAGCGUGCAGGGCGGAGCCACCACCCCCUCGCCCCGCCCCACCCCACGCAGGCGCGCUCCGGGCCCGCCCCUCCCCCACGCACGCUCCGGUCCGAGGGCGGGGCGACCCUCGGAAGGGGCGUGGUCAUCGGCCUCGACGCGCGCACGCGCUGUCGGACCCCACGGCUACGUUAACGGGCGGGGACGCGACGCCGGGCGGUGGCGAGCGCAACACCGGCGCGGCGCGGCUUGACGCGUCCCGGCGGAAUUUCUCCCGCUACCCGCGCCGGCCGGCGCUGCGUGCGGUCGCUCCGCCGCUCCGCCAAGUUCUCGCGGCCGCGGCCCGGAGUGCUGCUGCCUGCAGCUGGGGGCCUCGCGCAUUCAGUUGCUUCUCUUUUGAGGCCAGUAUACUCACACAAAUUAGCAGAGUACGGAAAGACAUGUACAAUGACACAUUAAAUGGCAGUACAGAGAAAAGGAGUGCAGAAUUGCCUGAUGCUGUGGGACCUAUUGUUCAGUUACAAGAGAAACUUUAUGUGCCUGUAAAAGAAUACCCAGAUUUUAAUUUUGUUGGGAGAAUCCUUGGACCGAGAGGACUUACAGCUAAACAGCUCGAAGCAGAAACCGGAUGUAAAAUAAUGGUCCGAGGGAAAGGCUCAAUGAGGGAUAAAAAGAAGGAGGAGCAAAACAGAGGCAAGCCCAACUGGGAGCACCUAAAUGAAGAUUUACAUGUACUAAUCACUGUGGAAGAUGCUCAGAACAGAGCAGAAAUCAAACUGAAGAGAGCGGUUGAAGAAGUGAAGAAAUUACUGGUACCUGCAGCAGAAGGAGAAGACAGCCUGAAGAAGAUGCAGCUGAUGGAGCUCGCAAUUCUGAACGGCACCUACAGAGAUGCCAACAUAAAAUCACCAGCCCUUGCCUUUUCUCUUGCAGCAACAGCCCAGGCUGCUCCGAGGAUCAUUACUGGGCCUGCGCCUGUCCUUCCUCCAGCUGCCCUUCGUACUCCUACGCCAGCUGGUCCUACCAUAAUGCCUUUGAUCAGACAAAUACAGACCGCUGUCAUGCCAAACGGAACUCCUCACCCCACUGCUGCAAUAGUCCCUCCAGGGCCCGAGGCUGGGUUGAUCUAUACACCCUAUGAAUACCCCUACACGUUGGCACCAGCUACAUCGAUCCUUGAAUACCCUAUUGAACCCAGUGGUGUAUUAGGUGCGGUGGCUACUAAAGUUCGAAGGCACGAUAUGCGUGUCCAUCCUUACCAAAGGAUUGUGACCGCAGACCGAGCCGCCACCGGCAACUAACCUAUGACCUUCUGACCUCUGAACUCUUCACCCAAUGAUGACCUGACCAUGCCUGCCUGCUGAUCAGUUAACUGGUAAUCGCCUUUGCUUGCCUGUCGUCAGUGCAGCGAGCUGAGGCACUUGUCCGUUCGUCUUACCAUCUAACCAAACAAAAGACAAAGAAAUUGUUCUCCAACUCAGCUUUUUUUUUUUUCCCAUCUGGGUGAAAGUGGUUCUAGCACCUGCACUGAAUAGUAGUAAAGCAAUAAGGCCCAACUCAUCCCACAGCACUGAUCAUCUCUCAGUAUCCCACCCUAAGCGAACGGUAAGAAGGCCUCUCUUAAGAAGGGAGACAUGGCCCUUAACUACUUGAUAACAGAGGCAGUUACUGUGAGAGACUUCUAGGAAUCUUUUUCUUCUCAUAGCGAAGUCAAAGCUCUCUGAAUGUACUGUGUGAUGAUGCAUCAUGCAUGAACCUUUGGUCAGGGAUGUCAUUGGUGAAGUGAUUUCAAAAAGUAUUCAAAAUUUGAUAUGCUGUUUAGUCACUACAGUGCCCUCAAAGGGCAAAAGUUGCAGCCUUUUUUAUAUUGCCUGCCAAAAUUUGAAUUAUUAGAAGAAAACUGUGCCAUGAGAGAGGAACUUAACAAGGAGUUUUGAAAAGUAAUGCAAAGAACAAAACUGCAACACUAUUUUUAAAAAGAUGAAUAUCUGAGUAAAAAUUACUGAAACUUUAUUUUACACCUCCUUAAAAAAUAUAUGAGAACAAGGUACAUGCAUUAUGUGUCACAUUACUGGGCAAACUGUUCAAAUAUUUUUUUUAAACCUCCCUGUAUAGAAAAAAAAAAUCAUUAAGGAUGUAAAAGCCAUGCUUGCCUAUUUGCUGUAUACAUGUAAUGAAAUUGUAGAUAAAGUGUAGUGCAUUGAAACAAAUGAACAAAAAGUAGAUACUUUUACUAUACAAGGGUGCUGGUGCAGAAAAAAUAUAUAUAUUUUUGGAAAUGUAGCAUUUUAUACUUUCAAGUGUUAUAAAAAAGAAAAAGAACAAAGAA